AUGGCUGAACUCCGGGCAACACUUGAAAUUGCAGUACAGAAACGGGACGGGUCUUGGAGGAUGGGUCUCAGAAUUCUGGGUCAUUUUCUGCCUUCCUAGACGAACUACAGCACUAGUGACAGCUUCUUUCUGCUGGGAUUCUCCGACUGGCCAUCGCUCCAGCCGCUACUCUUCGCCUUGAUCCUCUUCUGUUACCUCCUUACCCUGGUUGGCAACUCAGCCCUCGUGUUCUUGGCCGUCCGUGACCCGCGCCUCCACGCGCCCAUGUACUACUUCCUCUGCCACCUCGCCCUGGUGGACGCAGGCUUCACCACCAGCGUUGUUCCGUUGCUGCUGGCCAACCUCUGGGGCUGGGCCAGGGUGCUGUCCCGCGCCGGGUGCGUAACCCAGCUCUACGUCUCUCUGGCACUGGGUUCCACCGAAUGCGUGCUUCUCGCCGUGAUGGCGUUGGACCGCUCGGCCGCCGUGUGCCGGCCGCUCCAUUACACAGCCCUGGCCUCGCCCCGCCUCUGCCGGACGCUGGCAGCUGCCUCCUGGCUGGGGGGGUUCACUAAUUCGCUGGCGCAGACCAUACUACUGGGCACGCGGCAGUUUUGCGGGCCCCGGCGUCUGGACCACUUCAUCUGCGAGCUGCCAGCCCUGUUGAAACUAGUCUGCGGGGGCGGGGGCGCCGUGGAGAGGCAGAUGUUUGCUGCUCGGGUAGUUAUCCUGCUGCUGCCAUCCUCUGUCAUCCUGGCUUCCUAUGGGGCUGUGGGCCGGGCCGUGUGGAAGAUGAAGUCCCAGACAGGGAGGAGAAAAGCAAUGGGGACCUGUGGUUCCCACCUCACGGCUGUCUGUCUUUUCUAUGGCUCUGCCAUCUACACAUAUCUGCAGCCCACACACAGUUACUCCCAGGGCCAGGGCAAGUUUGUCUCCUUGUUCUACACUGUGGUCACCCCCGCCCUCAACCCCAUCAUCUACACCCUGAGGAACAAGGAGGUGAAAGGGGCGGCAAAAAGGCUUCUGGGCAGAGUAGAGUGGAGGGAGAGGUAA